AAAGUUUUGAAGACUGUAAGAAAAAAGCCUGAGCUUUGAGCCAUGUCAUUGGCUAAGAAGAGUCUGACAGGAAAAUGCAGAGUCUGCUAUAUAUGUAAUGCAAUAGACAACAGAUUUACUGAUUCCACGGCAACGUUUGGAUGGUGAUCAUCAAUUAUCACAACACGGACGACAUGAGCGCUUCGGUGGCCGUGUACAGGAAUAUCUACACGGAGGACCGCUUCAAACAGGCCUUCGGCUCUGAGGACAGCACCAAUGGAAGUCUGCGGCUCCGGGAGAGACUCACCGGGAGGUGCAGGUGUUCAAGGAGAGCCUGGCUCCACCUGCUCAGAGACAGGGUCCCCAUUUUCAGCUGGCUGCCCAGAUACAGGCUCAAGAAGUGGAUUUUAGGAGAUACUGUAGCCGGACUGACAGUGGGCGUUCUUCAUAUUCCACAAGGCAUGGCCUUCGCUCUACUCACAUCUGUGGCGCCAAUAUUCGGCCUCUACACCUCCUUCUUUCCUGUGGUCCUCUAUAUGUUUUUUGGCACAGGUCGUCACGUGUCAACAGGCACCUUUGCGGUGGUGAGUCUGAUGACUGGCUCUGUGGUGGAGCAGUUGGUUCCCACUCCUCUGGAGAUGAACUCCAGUUCUUCUCAAGCAGAUGAAUUUGAAGCUCAGAGGAUUGCGGUGGCCUCUGCAGUAGCACUCCUCUCAGGAAUUAUUAUGCUCUGUAUGUUUGGUCUUCAGCUGGGAUUCCUCUCUACAUAUCUGUCAGAACCCAUUGUUAAAGCUUUCACUAGUGCUGCUGCAUUCCAUGUCACCGUCUCACAGCUGCAAAGCAUGCUGGGUCUGCGGCUUUCUCGCCACACAGGGACCUUCUCCCUCUUCAAGACUCUUGCAUCAGUGAUGGAGAACCUGCCCCACACCAACAUGGCUGAGCUGCUCAUCUCCUUAGUGUGUUUAGCUGUCCUCGUUCCAGUUAAGGAGAUCAACAUGCGGUACAAGCAGCGCCUGCGUACACCUAUCCCUGUGGAGAUCCUCACAGUAAUCCUAGCUACAGUCGUGGCCUAUGCCUCCUCACUGGACUCUGCUUACAGCAUCGAGAUAGUUGGACACAUCCCAGCUGGAUUCCCAAGGCCACGCAUGCCAGCCUUAAAUGCUUUUCCUGAAAUUGCAGGAGACACAAUAGCAAUAACAUUUGUUGGCUAUGCUGUGUCAGUUUCACUGGCGAUGAUUUAUGCCGAUAAACACGGCUAUUCAAUACACCCCAACCAGGAGCUGCUGGCUCAUGGCAUCUCCAACACAGUCUCCUCUUUUUUCACCUGCUUCCCCAGCUCAGCCACUCUGGCCACCACUAAUAUACUGGAGAGCGCUGGAGGAUAUACACAGCUCUCCGGCCUGUUUGCUAGUCUGGUUGUCCUGAUCGUGCUGCUGCUGAUCGGACCGCUCUUCUACUUCUUACCCAAGGCAGUACUGGCAUGCAUCAAUGUCACCAGCCUCAGGCAGAUGUUCCUACAGUUCCAGGACCUACCCGAACUGUGGAGGAUCAGCAAAAUUGACUUUAUGGUUUGGGUGGUAACCUGGCUGUCUGUUGUGGUACUUAAUGUUGACCUUGGCCUGGCCAUUGGGGUGGUUUUCUCCAUGAUGACCGUCAUCUGUCGCACACAAAGGGCUGGAUGUUCGGUGCUUGGCAGAGCCAGCAACACAGAGAUUUACAGACCUCUGGAGAAACACAGGAAGUGUUAUGAAGUGCCAGGGGUGAAGAUCUUGACCUAUAACGGACCUAUUUACUAUGGCAACCGUAGCUUCUUCAGGGAGGAAAUAAGCAGGCUUUUGGGCCUCACACCAGAGAAAAUCCGAAGUCAGGAAAAAGCCAGGAAAGCCCUGGAGAAACGGGAGAGAGAGGCCACCAUCAACACUGUGGAUAGAGGAAUUGCAAACACAUUGUUUUCCUCGGAAAAUGAGAUCUUUAAAUCUGAGACAUCUGAGAAUGACGUCCAGGCAGUGCUGAUCGACUGCAGCAGCGUUACAUUUGUUGACGUCGCAGGAGCAAGACUCUUCACACAGACGUGCACUGAAUGUCAGAAAGUUGGAAUCUGUGUGUAUUUGGCAAACUGUAAUGAGAGCGUCUUAAAGAUUCUCACAUCCAGUGGCCUGAUGAACUACAUGAACCCUCAGCAUAUUUUUGUCACUGUCCAUGAUGCUGUAAUGUAUAUUCAACAACAAACAGAAAAACCCUCAGAGAGCACCACAACUGUUUGGGUAUGAAGCAGAUAGUCUGUGAUGACCUGGACUCCCAUCAAGCAAACAGUGGAGGAUUUUAGGACAUCGUACUUUAAUUAAGAGGAGACUUCAAGUCUAUAAGGAGCACUCCAGCAUUUGGUCCAGAUAGUACUGUUCACCAGUGUUUCCUAGAAGCAGUAGCCUGUUGUAGCACUCUGUCAUGAACUACAGUAACUAUCACAUUACAGCGGUGUGUUACCAGUUUGGACAUUCUCUUACUGGCACACUUAAAUUAAAUUGCUAGCAAUAGAAAACACAAAUGUUAUUACUCCACAGCAUAUACAUGUAGUGUACAAACAGUGCAGAAAAAAAUGCAUUAAAAUGUAAUUAGUUUAAACUUUAAUGUCAAUUACUUCAUUUUUAUUGUCAUAUAUGCUGGACAUUAGAAUUGCAAUAUUUAUUUACUUUUUUCUUGGUUGCAAUACAGAGAUAAAUAUAAAGUGCACUGAAUAUUUGGUUAAAGAACUGUGUGUAUUUAUAUUGUUUGCAAUGCGCCCUUGAAUAUACUGUAUAAAUGCUGAUCUGUACUGCCUUAAAAUAUUUGUUCUUCUAACUCCAGAGGGACAAAGUUUGUCAGUGAGGGAAGUUUUGGAAAUAAAUUCUU